CGACUAAACAUCCAGCUGAGAAUCCAGGAGCGAGAGAAAGAUGUGAAGCUGCUUCAACAGGGGGUGGAGGCCAUUAAUGGCUCUGCUGAUAAAGCAGUGGAGGACAGUGAGAAGAUGUUCACUGAGCUGAUCCGUCUCCUCCAGAAAAGAAGCUCUGAUGUGAAGCAGCAGGUCAGAUCCCAGUAGGAAACUGAAGUGAGUCGAGUCAAAGAGCUUCAGGAGAAGCUGGAGCAGGAGAUUGCUGAGCUGAAGAGGACAGACGGCGAGCUGGAGCAGCUCUCACACACAGAGGAUCACAACCAGUUUCUACACAACUACCCCUCAUUGUCAGCACUCAGUGAGUCUACACACUCAUCCAGCAUCAAUAUUCGUCCUCUGAGGUACUUUGAGGAUGUGACAGCAGCUGUGUCAGAGACCAGAGAUAAACUACAGGACACUCUGAGAGAGGAAUGGACGAACAUCUCACUGACAGUCACUGAAGUGGAUGUUUUACUGUCACCAGCAGAGCCAAAGACCAGAGCUGGAUUCUUAAAAUAUUCAUAUGAAAUGACACUGGAUCCAAACACAGCAUACACUCACCUGCUCUUAUCAGAGGGGAACAGGAAAGCAAUGCUAAUUAAACGAUACAGGCCUUACCCUCAUCAUCCAGACAGAUUCACUUCAUGCAGGCAGGUCCUGAGCAGGGAGACCCUGACUGGACGUUGUUACUGGGAGGUGGAGUGGAGAGGAAGAGGAGUUUGUGUAGCAGUCGCAUACAAAACUAUCGGAAGAGCUGUGUGCCCCACUGAAUGUGGUUUUGGAUACAAUGACAAAUCUUGGGCUUUAUUCUGUGACACAACCGGCUACACUUACUUGAACAACAAAAUCCAAACUCUCCUCUCAGGUCCUCGGUCCUCCAGAGUAGGAGUGUACCUGGAUCACAGAGCAGGUAUUCUGUCUUUCUACAGCGUCUCUGAAACCAUGACUCUACUCCAGACCACAUUCACUCAGCCGCUCCACGCUGGACUGUGUCUUUUGGGUUUUGGAGUCAGUGCUGAGUUCAGUAAAGUCAAACACACAUAGAGGGCAUGUUCUUGAGUAUCAGUGUACUUUUGUUAUGAUCUAAAGCAGUUUCUACAUCUUCAUUUAAAUUUUUUUAUUUCAUACAUGGUACAGCAUUAAUUCAUUUCCUACACUAAAAACCUUGCAUUCAGUUAAUGUGGCACUACAUCCAUGCAUGAAAAGGAGCAGGGAGAGAAGCUCAUGAAUUCAUUAAAUGCAAACACAAAUACAAAAUCUAGCUGGGUCGCCCUUUAGCUGUGACUCUGCAACAUUUCUAAUGCCAUAUUCCCACAUUUUUAGUACCUAAAAUAUUUAAAGGCAGUAGAUCAGAACCAGUGAGUGAUGCAUAUUUUAAAGGAAAAAGAUAAUUACACUGUAAGUAAUUUUUUUAAGUACUGGGUACCCUGAGGGUAGGAUAAACAUGUUGUCUAGUAUGUUAGGAUAAUCUGCGAUGAAGCCCACACUUCUAAUACAUCUGUGCAACUUAAUAACUGCCUUUGCAACAUUGUCUCAACCUCUAAAUACCACAAAGUUACUUAUUACUUUACAAUAAAUCUUGAAUUAUAUAAUAUUUGCUACCCAGUUCUAAGUAUUUUUAGGUACUGAAACUUGUGUUCUGAAAAUUACCUGAUAUGUGUUGGUAAAUUACUCCAUAAAUCAAAGGCUGUAUUAUAAAGAGAUAUUGAAAAAAAAACAUAAAAAGUAGAACAAAAUGAUUUGAUAUGACAGAGAAAGGAGAAAAGUGCUUUAAUAAUAGUGCAGUAAUGUUAAAGUGAUAAAACUGGUACUUUACAAUUGACAGAUCUUGUAUAUACUCUACUCUUCAUGUUCAACACAUAUUACACAGUUAGAUAGUUUGAUAAGCGAAACUAUUAUAUACUUGUGGUUACUGUUGCAUUGGGUUUUCAUGUGAUUAGUCGGUUUAAUGAGUAGAGGACAAUUUUUUUUGUGAUUGUCUCAGUAAUUUGUUAAGAAACCUCAACAUUUCACAAGUUUCUUCUCUUUAAUAUAUGAUGACAAAGUGAUGUUUUUGAACUGCUAACAUUAUUCAAUUACUAUUUUCUCUAAUAGUUAAAUAAGUUUGUUUUUGAUUCUUGUCAUUUGAUAGUAUUACAUGCUACUCAUUGAUGAUUGAUGUCACAUAUACACUGAUGUAUAAUGUAAUAGCAUUUUCUUUAUAUUGUAGAAGAAUAUGUAGAGAGAAGUUUAUUUAAAGUGGGUUUGGGAAGCUUAGAAUCACCACGCUCCAAUAAUCUAAAGUUCAGUUUCAGUUCACCUGCUUGAUGUUUAUGAAAGUUUAAUGUCCUUUAACAUUUUUGAUCAGUUUGUGUUCUGUCUGUUCACUCGCCUGCUGGAAAUGUCUGCUAAACUACAAUUAAACAAA